UUCACAUGCUGGGGACACGGAAGGGGCAAUGUAAUGUGUGCACAGGGCAGUGGUGCUGAAACAGACUUGCAGAAACUUUGAGAUGACUGACAGUUCUCUUUGGUGAGAGAGAAAGCAGGAUGCCCGGUGUGCCCUGUGGGGCCUUGCAUCAAGCCCUGCCUGUCGCUUGUGUCCUUGUCCUUUCCUUGCCAUUACUCUUGCAUGCUACGUUCAUCCAUAAACCUGCCAAGCUGCCCCUGGUGGGCCGCAAGCCAUUCUUGGCUGCAUGGAAUGCACCACUUGACUUGUGUGCCGUCAAAUACAACAUGAACAUCAGUCUGGACCUUUUUCACAUUAGUGGCAGUCCACGAGCUGUCCAUACAGGUCAAGAUGUCACUAUUUUCUACCCAAAUCGUCUGGGUUACUACCCAUUUUACACAGAGCAAGGUGAAGCAGUGAAUGGAGGCCUUCCUCAGAACUGCAGUCUAGAAGCUCACCUCAGCAAAGCUAGCAAAGAUAUUGCACACUUCAUUCCCUCAGAAGAUUUCCAAGGUCUAGCCGUCAUUGACUGGGAGUACUGGAGGCCUCAGUGGACCCGCAACUGGCAGAGAAAGGACAUUUAUCGACAACGCUCACGUGAACUUGUCUCUCGAGCCUAUAUCAAUGUGACGGAUGAUCAGAUAGAGGAACUAGCGCGUCUACGCUUUGAAAAGAGUGCCAUGGAAUUUAUGCAGGGCACACUGGAGCUUGGCAUACGAGCCCGACCAAAAGGCCUUUGGGGCUUCUACCUUUAUCCAGACUGCCAUAACUACAAUGUGCACAUACACAAUUACAGUGGCUACUGCCCCAUGAUGGAGAGCACGCGCAAUGAUGAACUCUUAUGGUUGUGGAACAGCAGUACUGCACUCUUUCCUGCAAUGGCAAUCCGUAAAGACCACAUGGACAGCGUUCGCAACCUGCACUUCUGCCAGAAUAGGGUACUAGAGUCUCUAAGGCUGGCUUCUAUGACUUCACUGCCCUACGAGCUGCCCACUUUUGUGUACACAAGGCUUGGUUACAGGGAUGAAGCCAUGACAUUCCUAACACAGAAGGAUUUAAUACACACAAUAGGGGAAAGUGCUGCUUUAGGUGCUUCAGGCUUUGUGAUCUGGGGCGACCUUAACCUCACUUCUUCUAGACAAAACUGCUCUAGGGUGAAAACAUUUUUAAGCUACAGACUGGGCCAGUACAUCACCAACGUGACCCGGGCAGCUGAAGUGUGCAGUGAACACCUGUGCCAGUCCAACGGUCGCUGUGUACGGAAAGACCCACGGGCACCACAUUUCUUGCAUCUGAGCCGUACCAGUUACCGCAUUCACUCAAACCGCAAUGGCACAUUUACUGUCACUGGCUGGCAUUCUAAGCAUGAACUGCAACAACUGGCAAAAAGGUUCUACUGCCACUGCUACGAAGGGUAUGAGGGUGAGCGCUGUGACAGUGUGGCGCCAACACACACAGUAGACACUGAAGACAAAAAAGACGAGGGAAAGAAAGAGCAGAAUGAAUGUACAGAGAGCUCUGCUGAGUCUUUGAGAAAUGCCCAUGUCCUGGUGGUGCUGCUCGUUCUGUUUACCUUUGGCUGUAUAUAAAGCACUGUGGUAAACUAUCCACUGGCACAUAUUGUGACCAAGGUUUGUAUAACAGCACUUUUUAUUUUGUGCAGUCGUGAUAUAGGUUAAUAUGACUUGAAGCAACAGGAAAGUAGUCAAUGACUAUAGUUUACUUACAGUAUAUUUACUCAUCAGUGUUUAUGUCAGUGUUUUUACCCUAUAUCAUCAACCAUUUUAUGCACAUAUAAUUGUUAAAAUAUUAGCUUUGUUUGCACAAACUGUUAUACUUUAUUUACUAUAGCAACCCUACAAUAUUACAGUAAGCAAUCUGAGAACUUUUUAAAUGGAAAUUCUUUAUAUAUAGACAGGUCUAUACAAAGUACACAAAUCCUAACAAGCCUUUAAUUGGAUAAUUACUGCAGUGAUUGAUAUGCUCCAAUUGGCAAUAAGUCUUUUUAUCCUAACUGAUGCAAUAAAAAAAAUUCACUCAAUUAACAACCAUAUUAGAAGCUGUAUCCUGUGGUUGUAGAAAAGAUGUUUGUUUCAAAAGGAUCAGAUUGCUGGUAUCCAUCAAGCAGUGAAAACAACGAAGGAAAUAAAAAAAAAUGAAAUUGGGUUGAGGACUGUUCAACACAUUAUUAAAACCUAGAAGAAUGGUUAACUUUGUGAAAGAAAUGUGCUUGAGGAAAAAAUAUCAUGAAUGACCUUAAACUAAAGAUAGUGAACGUCGAGCAUUUCCACACACACACAGUGCAUAGAGAACUGACAGGAUUGGGAAUAAACAGCUGUUUGGCCAAAAAUAAACCACUUGUUAGUGUGACUAAUAAAAAAAACUUCAAUUUGCUCUGGAGCAUAAAGAUUGGACUUUAUGGUAUGGAAAAAGGUCCUGUGGUCUGAUUGACCCUGUUCCAGAGUGUGUUAGGGUUCGAAGACAAUAAAAGUACUGACUACUUGAAUGUACUGUGAUGACCAGGUUAUCCCAUUAUUAUUAUUUUUAUUCGUGGAAUGAGCAUAUUUCAGGAUGACAAUGUAAAUGUUCAUAAAACUCACCUUGAGCAAGAGUGGUUCUGUGUUUUCUGGGCAGGGUAUACACUUUGGCAUAUCCUAAUGAAUUUUCUGUUCUUAUUUUCAUCAACCCAUAGCACUUGGAAUUAUUAGCACAUGUUAUGGUACAAGACAAACUGAAUGUUAUGCUAAAUAGACAAAUAUAAACAUCUAUACAUUAAAAUAUCUUUCGCAGCAUUUUACAACAUUUUAAAAGAAAAAAAUGAAUAAUGUGUAGCAUUGUAAUUAUAUAUUUU